AUGCACUCCCAAUACGACGUCGCUAUUAUCGGCGCUGGUAUAGUCGGUUCUGCUACCGCUUACCAUCUGUCCUUGGCAGUAAGUGGGAAGAAGGUGGCAGUGAUUGACCGUUCCAUUUCAACAUUAAGAGGCUCUACCGAAAUCGCACCCGGCUUUGUGGGCCAAUACAAUGAGUCCAGUGUGCUUACCAGCCUGGCUGUCGAAAGUGUGAAAGAAUACACUAAGAUCCCUGGAGGAUUCGAAGUUGUUGGCGGCCUGGAAGUCGCUACGACCCGUGAUUGCGUUGAUCGUCUACGAGCUAGAUGGGAAUCGGCAACGAAGGCUGGUCUUGCCGCCGAAUUGCUCUCCUCGGACCAGGCCGUGAGUCUGGCCCCAGAGCUCAUCAAGGAUGAUAUCCAGAUCGCUCUAUAUUUCCCAGGCGACGGAGCAGCAAAUCCCAAAAGGAUUACUGCUUUCUACCAAGAGAAGGCACGCGCGAACGGGGUCCAGCUUAUCGAGGCUGAUGUUACCGAUGUUCAGCAAGCUGAUGGCAGAGUCAGCGGCGUACACACCACCGCUGGGUUGAUUCAGGCCAACACCGUCAUUAUUGCGACUGGUAUUUGGGCGCCACAACUCUGCAAGCUCGAUUUUCCUGUUCCCGUUGUGCCGGUGGCACAUCCAUACAUGUACGGUGCUCCUCAUGAGCCGAGACUCCGGAAAGCACCUUGGGUCCGGUGGCCGGAGCAUGUCGUUUAUGCCCGCGACCACGGUACUCAUUACGGUCUUGGUUCCUACAACCAUCAGCCGAUCCCAGAGGAGGCAAAACAAAGCGCUGUCGGUAACUGGAUUCCGCAAUUCGAUGAAACCUUGGAUACCGCACUCCGUCUCAUCCCCGAGCAAACAAACCUCACUCCUCAGCAGAAGUUCAAUGGGAUCUUCUCCAUGACCCCAGAUAAUCUGCCCCUUGUUGGAAGUGCUCCCUCCGUCGACGGACUCUUUAUUGCGGCCGCCGUGUGGGUGACCCAUGCAGCUGGAGUCGCCCAGGUUGUGACUCGGAUGGUGACUGGAAAGCCUGUCGACCAAAGCAUCAAGAAAGUGUUGGACCCGGCGCGUUUUCAAGGACAGGAUGCGCAAGUAUUGAAGCAGGAAUCGUUGAACGGAUACAACCACAUCUACAAGACUCAGGAGCAUGACGCAUACUGA